GCGCAGGAAUGCGAGUGGGAGAGCGGCUGGGCAUGUAGCGACAGCUCCUGGGGCACGAGGCGCCGGGGAUCCCACACGCUGCGCCGAGCGGAGCUGGGGCACGGCCGGCAUGGGGCAUCCCAAAGCUCACCCCCUCUGAGAGCCCCGAGCCAAGGGUGCUGUGCCCACCGGGGCUGGGGUCCCGGGGCCCGGCUUCGACGUGGAGGGGCUGGAAAUCCCUCGGCGGGCGAUGCGCGGCUGCAUCGGCUCGAGGGGCUGAGGAUCUGAGGAGCCGCUAUGACCCCCGAGAAGGUGCUGAGGGAGGGGGUGCUGGAGAAGCGCAGCGGGGGGCUGCUGCAGCUCUGGAAGAAGAAGCGGUGCCUGCUGACGGAGAAGGGGCUGCAGCUCUUUGAGCCCAAGGGCUCGCGGCGCAAGGAGCUGAGCUUUGCACGCAUGAAGGCAGUGGAGUGCGUGGAGUGGAAGGAGCGGCACAUCUACUUCACGGUGGUGAUGGACGACAGCCACGAGAUCGACUUCCGCUGCGCUCAGGAGGACCCAGGCUGGAAUGCCGAGAUCACCAUGGGCCUCGUACGCUUCAAGAACCAGCAGGCGAUCCAGAUCGUCCGUGCCCGGCACAGCUGCCGAGCAGCGGUGCAGUUCGACACAGCCCCGGUGAGGCAGCCUGUGGACGCACAGCACCCCAACAGCAGGAUGGGGAUGGCCCUCAGCUCGUCAGGCGGUGGGGAGAAUGGGAUCCCAGCGGGCAAGUGAGACCGCUGCCGUCUGCAGCCUGGGGAUGGGGACAGUGGCCCUGAGGAAGUCGGUGCAGGCGCCGGCUUCCCCCGUCCUGGGGCAGGACAGCGGCACCGCAGGAGCCGGACUGGCAGAGCUGCAGGGGUCCGGACACGUCCCUGGCACGGUGGGGCAAAGGACACAGUCAGGGCCACCACUGGAGCUCUGGACAUUGCAGGAGGUCACAUCCCUGCCUGGGGGCCCACCGCGCUUCAGCUGACAUGGCCAGGACCUUGGUGGAGACCCCUGGGCCUCUCCUGCAGGACAAGACGGGACGGAUGAGGUUGAGCCUGAAGGAAGCGGUGUGGUUGUGACCUCUGCCUGGAUGCCAGUGACACUGGGACACACGGACAUGGCUGGGGACACGGCUCUGCCUCAGCCCCCACGUUGAGAAGGGGCUGGGGAGCUGCUGGGACUCCUCCAGGCACUGCACUCGGCCGUGCUGCUGGACACUGUCCUGCCCCACACUGUCCUCGGGCUAAGGGGGAAUUCUGGGGACAGCAAUGGGGACCCCAAAUCCCUGUAUCCAAAGUGUCCCCAAACAGGACUUUCUGCUGCUUUACCCCAUUGCUGCUUUGAUUUGUGGGACCCUGCAGGGUAUGGGAGAGCACAAAUCCUGCACCGAGCUUCACUGGUAGCUGGUGUCCCCCCAAACCUGCCAGCAUCCCACAGCCCGGCUCCAGAGUCCCUGCUGCCUCCCCACGCCUCUCCCGUCACUUGUUGCGCUGCACCUGCGUCCCUCAGGAUUCCCACGGUGGUUUGUGGGCAGGCGACCCGAGAGCAGCGCUGCCUGGCUCCGCAGGAUCGGGGCAAGGGAAGGGAUGGCUCUGCCUCGACAGGCAGCACAGACGCCAGCGCCUCGAGCCACCGGGCUCUGCAAGCCAGAGCCUGAGCCCCAGCCCUGCGGCCGGAGGCUGCAGAUCCUUCCAGAGAUUGCCCGGCUGUGUGGGAAUCGGGGAGCACGGUGCCCUGUCCCCCGGGCUGCGGCAGCUGAACCCUGCCUGAGCCUCUGCAAGAGCCCACGGGGCCCUGUCCCAGUGCCAGGGCGGUUCUGAGGUGGCUUUGGGAUGGUGGCAUGGCUGGAAUCUCCUCACCGUGCAGGGCCAAGCUUUUUCCAAACAGCCUGGGCAUAAACAUUUUGGAGUUUUUCCACCCAAGGAGUCCUGCAUGGCCAUUCCUGGUCCCCAGAGCUUCAUUUGCAGAGGAACUGCUCUGCUUGCUAGUGGAGACAGGCUGGGGGUCCAAGAUAGGGCAGUGUCCAAAGCCCGCUCGGAUCUGCAGGAUCCCAGUGACCCAGACGAGGUGGGCUCCAGGGAUGUGGGACCUGCCCACAGGGAGCUGCUCCAGGCAUGGACCAUGUCCCCACACACAUUUUGGGAGGGAAUGGCGUUGUGAGUGGUUGGAGGAAGGUGCUGGUGCUCACACAGCAUUCCCAUGGCAAGGAUCUCUAUCUUGGGGAUUCUUAAUCCCCACCUAUCUCUCAGAGUCAAGGGAUUCUGUGAGGCUCAUUCCAAGUCCUGCAAGUCUCCCAAGCCUGUGCUGUGGCAGAGCAGCACCUAGGGGUGGGGAGCACCCAAGGUGAGGGGUUUUCCAAAGGCUUCCAAAUUUCGAGCUGGUUUUGGGUGAUUUGAAUCCUUCUUUUCUGCCCUCUCAUUCACUGUAAAUAGGUGUUUUCUGUUCUCCAAAUGCCAGCAAGCAACUGGGGAGGAAAAUGGUUGAUGAGCACGUAUAAGUGCCAGCCCUGGCCAUGGACACAUCCACUGUGCACCAACAGAUGGGGCAGCAGAGGGGUCGUGGUACCCGUGAGCUGGGGAGGAAUUCAGGUGGUCCAUAGAGGAAGGGGAGACAAAUCGCUGCGGUGGCCUUUCAGGGCCGGGCAUGGGGAAAGCCAAGGUUUUCCAGCCCCAUUCUGAGCUUCUCAUAACUCUGCAGACCAAAACACAGCUGGUGCCCUGCCUGAACAGUGGACACUCCAGGUUUGGGAGUUUCUUCUGUGAAGACCCCCAAACCUGCCGGAUGCGUCCUCGGUGGGGGAUUCUCAGCCCGACCCCGGCACAGGGGUGAGAGCCGAGCCUGGCGUGAGGGUGGGAGGCAGGAUGGCUUCACCCAGCUCCUGGGAGGGCUGAAUGUUUCACACAGAGGAAAAGGUCAUCCCAAGACUCAGAAGCAAAUAAAGAGCCGAGAGACUUGGCCGUCGAGAAGAGCGGGGACGGUGUUUGGUGCAUCCCCCGUCGCCAGGGACGCGGUGCCACAGCGCUGCGGGCUGGAGCUCAGCACUGACGGGCGAAGUUGGGUGAAAUGGGUUAAUUUUACCCCAGAGAAAAUCUCCUGCAGGCAGGAGCUUGGAGAGCAGCCGGGUGUGCAGGGGUGUGGGGAGAAGGGCCCUGGGAGCACUGCAGGAAGCCAGGCACCAUGAAAGGAUUUCUAGAUGACAAUUCGCACGGUUAGGGAUGCAAGGAGCUUGCAGGGUGCUUCCAGCCAUCCCAAAAGGCAGGGGAAGGACACAUGGGAAGCGUUUUUAGUGCUCCUGGAGAUGGGGAAACUGAGGCACAGCUGGGGGUGGAGGUGGUAGGCAUGUGGCCUCGCAGCCCCCCUCCAGCACAGCAGCUCCCCCUGGGAGGAGGGGCUGGCUCUGGGGGACCCCCAUGCUGGGGGCACCAAGCAGACCUGGGGCUGAGCGUGAGCCCCACAAUGGAGUGAGGUGCCCCGGAGCUGUCUGAGUUCAAAGGCAGGAGCCUGAAAGUCCAGCUCUGCUGCUCCCAACCCCACAGUGCCCCCGCUCCACUGACCCUCCCCACAGUGCUCGAGGAUGCCUCGGACCCUCCGUGCGGGCUGGGGGCUGCCGGCACCCAUGGGUGCUUGGGCUGGCAUCCUUCGUGCUGCACUGCGAGGAGGAGGUUGGGGGCACGGAAGGUGGCAGGGGGAGAUUCAGGGCCCUUUUAACCAACUGAUGAAAUCCCAGCCCUGGCUUUGGGAUCAGUUUGGGACUGGCUGGACCUCCCUGGCAUCCGGCGAAGGUGGUGAGGGUCACGGUGCUGAGACAGGAGUUUGCAGCAUGACAGGGUCAAUGAUCUUUGGCAGGUGAGACCAUGUGUACCUUCAUCAUCAGAUGCCUUCCAGAGAUGCUGGCAGUGCCCCACUUCUCCUGUGAAUAUCUGUAGUUUGUGGGUGGUUUUUCCUCAGAUAAAUAUGAAAAGGAAAAAAAAAAUCACGUUUGCAGCCAGUAGUAUUUAUUUUUUAGUUCUGUGUCAAGUGUCCAUCUUCCUUCAGAUGCACCAGAGAUCGUUUCAUUGUUGAUCAUUAUUAUAAUAUAAUUAUAAUGUAUUAUUGUAAUUAUAUUGGAAUAUAAUGAAAUGGUUGGGAUGUCCACACCACCGCUGUGGUGGGCUUGGCCCCCUUCAAUGGAGUCCUCUUGUGGUUGGGUGUAGGAAGAAAUGCUGUGAUCUGUAAUGCAGAGCUUGGGAUCCUUGGAGGGGGAGUCACAGAAUCAUAAGGCGGUUUUAGUCAAAGGGGACCUCAUUUCCCAUCCAGCUCCACCCCCUGCCAUGGGCAGGAACACCUCCCACUGGAUCAGGGGCUCCAAGCCCCAUCCAACCUGGCCUUGAACACCUCCAGGGAUGGGGCAGCCACCACUGCUCUGGGCAACCUGGGCCAGGGCCUCCCCACCCUCACAGCAAAGCAUUUCCUCCUAAGAAAGAUCUCAUCCCAAUCUCCCAUCUUUCACCUGAAAAUCAUUCCCCUUUGUCUUCUCCCUGCAGUCCCUGUUCCAGAGCCCCUCCCCAGCUUUCCUGGACCCCCUUUCAGCACUGGAAUCUGCUCUAAGGUCUCCCCAUAGCCUUCUCUUCUCCAGGCUGAACGACGCCAACUCUCCCAACCUGUCCUUUUACGGGAGGUGCUCCAGCCCUUGGAUCAUCUUUGUCCGGGUGUGGAUUGCAGGGACUGCACGUGUUCAUUCCCUACUUCCAACAUCCUGAUGUUGUGUCUUGGAGAGGAUGUCCCAGAGAUGUGGAGUGGGCGGUGGAUGAUGAACGUGGUUGCGAGCAUCACCCACCAGUGGAGCUGGGGCUGAGGGAAGGAGCUCACCAACCCGCCGGGCACCGCAUGAAGGAACAAAAAUAGCGGCCAGGCAUUGCUGGAGCUGCAGAGGGCAGCAACGGAGCUUAAUACAAGACUGUGCCCAUCACCACUGUCCCUGAGCAGGAGCCACCCAGCUGCCCUGGUGGUGGCAGGGGCUCAGCCCAGCCUUGCUGAGAAGAGGGAUGCUGAGACGCAGAUCUCAGAGGCAGAUGGGAGGGCCUGGAAAUACCCUGAA